GGCGUGGCGGGAAAGCACGACGCCGGGGGAAAGAGUAAGCCUUACGGAUGCUGGAACGGCCUAAAGUGGCGCUUUUUCGGCGAGUGUAUUCCGCCCGUGCCCGCAUCUGUCGGCGGCAUGCGCGUCAACCUCACGAAGCCGCUUUUUGAUCUCUGCGAGAAGGUCUGCCAACGCGUCCUCACGGAACCCAACUAAUAUGGCUAGCGGUCGGUUUUCACUUCCUUUCAAAUCGAAACUUUUUCCAAAAGCAAAGUAUUAGAUAAAUAGGUUGGCUAUACCGGCAUCAAUCUAAUGAUCGGUCGACUUCUUGAAAAACAAGAUGAAUGUGCUACGUCGGUUGUUCCCAAACCACAACCAAGCAUGUUCUCACUCUUCUCUCUUGUCUAAGUUUCUGCACAACUGAUUGAUGAGUUGAUUUUAGAGAGCGGUCCUUCUCACAAGGGCAUCGGUCAAUCUACAGAACGCGAGGUAAGGCAGCGCGAAGCAUUGGAGGAGAUGCUAUUCAAAAACAUCCUGAAGUCCGACUCUCGCAGAGCAAAGGAGCGCGUUCACGAAUAUCUUUUUAUGAAGUAG